GUGUGUGUGUGUGUGUGUGUAAGAUACUUAAACUUAAGUUUAAAAAUUAAUGGUUUCAAAAAUGAAAAUGCUAUUGUUUUAAUUUUAAUAAGUAACUUGUAUCAUUUUAAUGUUAUCAUCUCUACCAUCUUGUUAUCAUUAACACGCGUAUAUCGAAUCAAUUUCUAACCUUAAAUUGUUAACUCAAAAAUUUGUGUAAAAGAUAAGACAUAAAAAAAUGUUUUGGAAAUGUUAAAAAUAGAAAAAAUCAGUACAAUUUUUUUACAAAUUAAAUACUGUCAUCAAAUUUAUUUAUAUAAAAUUUAUAACCAAUAUUUACAAAAAACGUAUAGUGUUAGUGGAAACAAUAUUUGUGAUACAAAUUUUUAAUAUGUAUAAUUUAUAUUAUUAUAUAGUAAUGACUCCAUGUAUAAUGAAGCAAUAUUGUCAUUUAUUUAAAAAAUCAUUUAUUGUCAUAUAUUGAAUAAAAAAAAUGGAUGAUUCAAUAAAAUUAAUUAUACAUAAAGGCAGCACAAUUUUCGAUAGCAUUAUUAUUACAUAUUAUUCUGUGAUUAAAUACGAACAAAAAGCAAAAGAAACUAAAAGUAUAUAUCAAACAAAUAUUAAUAUGAACAAUGUCAAUGAAAGUAAUGUAGUACAAGUUAAUAGAAAUUCUUUAAACAGAAAAGGAUUUAAUGCCUAUAUUAUAUCAGCAUAUAUCACAACAUUAAUAAAUUCACAAACAUAUCGAAAGGCUGCAUUUAAAAAAUUAUUGCAAUAUUUAGCAUAUAAAUUGUUAAAUAAAGUAGAUUCAAAAAUGAUUCUAAUAAAAUUGCGAAUGCCAAGAAAACAAUUCUUAGAUUACAAAUGGAAUCAAAGAAUAACACAAAUAGCAAUGGAAAGAAGAGAAGUUGAUCAUGCUAUGUCUUGGUUAUCUACUUUAGGUGGAGCAUUUUCUGCUUUAGGAGAAGAAUUUCAAUAUUGCGCUGAAAUAGCAGGAAAAAUUUCCAUAAAACAAUUUGAACUGGCGCUUCGUCUUAGAGAUCCUUUUCUAGUUGCUCGUUGUAAAUUAUAUAUUGCUUUAAGUUUGAUUCAACAAGGUCAGUUAAAAACCCCAAAACAGAUAGUAAAGCAUAUUUAUAAAUUUUCUAUAAAUCAGAAUGAUAUUCGUUUACAAAAUAUGUGUCAAGGUAUAUGGGCAAAACUUAAAUAUUGUUAUAAAAUACAAAAAGAACGGCAUAAAACUUAGUAGUCAAUAUUAGUUUCAUAAAAUUUUUAAAAAUAGUUUAAAAUUAGGCUAAUUAAAUUUGAUAUUUAUGUUUAAAA